CAUCACCGAAUCUCUCUGUGUUUUGCUUUCCUCGUCUGUAACAGGGUCCCAUGUGACAGGCUCAUUGCGAGGGCUACAUGCCAUGUACACGCAGCGUGCUGGGCUCAAGGUGUGCACUCAGUGAAAGCUGUUGUGGAUAAACACUUGCGCGGACGGACAGGAUCGCACAAGGAUGCUAAAUAGCUGUUUUGUUCUCCCCCCAGGUGUGGCAGGUGAGGCGGAACUGCAGGUGAUCCAGCCCGAGAAGUCGGUGUCUGUGGCGGCCGGACAGACGGCCACUCUUCACUGCACCAUGACCUCCCUGAUACCCGCUGGGAAGGUCGAGUGGUUGAGGGGCACAGGGCCAGGCCGGGAGUUAAUCUUCAGUUUCAGAGGAGACCCUCACUCCCCUCGAGUAACAAAUGUUUCAGACGCCACAAGGAGAAACAACCUGGACUUUUCCAUCCGCAUCAGUAACAUCACCCCAGAAGACACGGGAACCUACUACUGUGUGAAGUUCCAGAAAGGGAACCCCGAUGUGGAGUUUAAGUCUGGACCAGGCACCCAGGUCACCGUGAGCGCCAAACCCUCUCCCCCCGUGGUGUCGGGCCCCACGGCCAGGGCCACACCUGAGCAGACUGUGAGCUUCACCUGCGAGUCCCACGGCUUCUCCCCCAGAAACGUCACCCUGAAAUGGUUCAAAAACGGGAAUGAGCUGGCAGCCUCCCAGACCACCGUGGACCCAGAGGGAGACAGCGCUUCCUACAGCAUCUUCAGCACAACCACGCUGCCGCUGGCCCCGGGGGACGUUCGCUCCCAGGUCAUCUGCGAGGUGGCCCACGUGACCCUGCAGGGGGGCCCUCCUCUUCGUGGGACUGCCAAUUUGUCCGAGACCCUCCGAGUUCCACCCACCUUGGAGGUUGCCCAGCAACCCGUGACAGGGGUCCAGGUGAAGGUCAUUUGCCAAGUGAAGAAGUUCUACCCCCAGCGCCUCCAGCUGACCUGGUUGGAGAACGGACACGUGUCCCGAACAGAAAUGGCCUCAAUGGCCUCGGACCUCAUAGAGAACAAGGAUGGGACCUUUAACUGGACCAGCUGGCUCCUGGUGAAUUUAUCCGUCCACAGGGAAGAUGUGGUUUUCACCUGCCAGGUGCAGCAAGACGGGCAGCCCGUGGUCACCAAAACCCAUACCCUUGUGGUCUCUGCCCACCAGAAGGACCAGGAAGCCCAUACGACCCACGGAUGCCACGUGUGCCUGUCCCAUUUUUCCUUCUUCCCUUCACCACUCAACUUUGAAACAGCACCUCUUGAAUCUCGUUUGUCUUUCCCCCGAAGUUAUGCAUUUUAAACCAUGCCUGCCCCCUUUAUGCACAUCUAUCUUUUUAAAUUUCCCUGACUCCCUGCAUCAGGUUCCUAUUGCUGCUGUAAUCAUUAGCACAUGCUUAGUGGCUUCAAACAACACAAUUUUUUUCUUCCACUUCUAGAGGCAGAAAGUCUACAAUGAGUUGGCAGGGCUGCAUUCCAUCUGGGGGAGCAGGGGGAGAGUCUGUGUCCUUGCUGUUCCAGCUCCUAGGGUCCCGUUCCGGACUACCCUCUGCUGCGGUCAAUAUGCCUCCUGCUCCCACUCUCCUGCCUCCCUCCUUCACUUGGAAAGGUCUCUGUGAUUCUGUUGGCUCCACUCCGAUAGUCCAAGAUAAUGACCCACUCAAGACCAUAGCUGGUUACCACACAGUCUACCUUGCCAUGUCAGGGACCACAGACUCUGGGGAAUCGGGGCCAACCAUCUUAAGUCAGGCAUACUUUGAAACUAUUUUCUGUGAUCUGUGUCCUGAUGUGCAGGACACAUUUCCAAUAUUUUCUCAUUGAAGUGGGAUUUAAUAUUGGCAGUAGGAUUUCUAAAAAACUCUCAGGCAUCUUGUAUAACUGCCCUUGUCUUCUUCACCUGCCCUUUCCUAUGGCUGGUGAGGGUGGGAGGGCAGCAGUGUAAGAUAUUGUGCCUUCAGAUUGUGUGAUAUUUCCCUUUUGUCUCCCAGACAUUUUGGAGUUUGGCCAUUGCUCUUCAAGGACUUCUGAAAGCCAGGUUUCCAUAGAAUUUUCUGUCCUUUUAUUGUUUUUUCUUUGGGUUCAGAAGCUGUAUUCAGAGAUGAGUAACUAAGCUGCUGCCUUGUCCUCAGCAGACACAAGUGCCCUGAGGGCUUUGAAUGCCUUGGCCCCAAAGUCCCUAUCCCACAUCAGUACUUGUCUCCCGUAUUUCCCCAUCACGGCCCUGUUCUAGCAGAGCAGUAUACUGAAACUGAGAAUUCAAUCCUCUUUGUAGCACCAAUAUUCUUAUAAUUAUGUUGGACCCAAUUAUGUCCUCAGCUUUUUCUGCCCUCAGGAUCUAAUAGGUGGGAGUCUACAAUGUUGCCCAAAAGUCCUCUUUCACACAUGACCUAUCAUGAGAGAUCAACCAGUCUGAGUUCUGCAUUGUCUUUCCCUGAAGGGUUGAUGCUCAGCAACACUCAUCCACCCAAUAGUUCUUAUAAUUCCCAACCGAUUUCCAGAUUACCAGGUUACCCCCGACCUCUACUUACUCCAUCCCAGGUCACCACUGUGAGCUUUUAGCAGUGACAAUAGCAGGGAAAGCUGGGACCUUCCCCUGUUCCUCUGCCCGCCAGGCAGGGGACCUCUUGGCCAGCCAGCUGAUUGAGACCCAGGUCGGUAUCUGCACAUUAGAGCUGGGUUUCCAGACCCUUCCCAGACAAACUCCACAGGUCAACUGUAUUGGGAAGCAAACUCUAACAUCAUAUGAGAAGGGAGAAACCUCACUGUGGUGUGGUGCCCAUUCACAGGUAUGAGUUAGAGAAGGAGGAAAGACUGGCAAAAGGAGAUAUUGAACACAAUGCAGCACAGAAAAGUCAUACUUGCACAGAGAACAGACGAACUGGAUGCUAUUUUUGACUUAUUUUAAAUGGUGCGGAGGGGCAAAACCUCUGUACCCGAACUUCCUCCAGUCCUCUGCUGCACGCUGCCCUCUAGAGCAGGUGCAAACAUGGGCAAUGCAGCUUUUUCAACUGAGAAAAAAUUCCAGAGGGCCACCCAGCUGAGACGUGCCGUCCCCCAACACACCAGGGGUAAAAAUGGUGGGUCUUUGCUCCUUCCUCUAAGAUUAUUCCAUAUAUUUCAAAAACGUAUUUGAAUUUCUUGAUGUAAAUCUAAGAGCAAAAUCCAGUCACUGUAAAAAGGCAAAGAAUCUGAAGUUAUGCAUGCAGACCCAAUGAUCUACGUGCAAAAGAACAAUGUCAUUACCUGAUGUUGGUCCUGGGGUCCAGGGGCGCGGGAUGGUGUUUGAAGCCCCUCCCAGGUUUAGACCCCAUUUCCUUUCCUAACCAGGGUGUUCUCCAGCCAGCAGGUCUUGUGAGGUCAGGCCACCCCGAGGGCUCCCUCAGCACAAGAACAUGGGGUCGUCGAGGCUCGCGUGUGGAACAAAGAAGGGCAGACUUGCACCUUGCUCACCUUGACACUGUCCUUCCUCUACUUGAGGCCAGGCUGACAUUCGUUCCUAUGACCCUGAGAGGUUGGACUGUCCUAGUCCAAACACAAGGUCUCAGAUUCAUCCUAAGGACAGCAGAGUCCCACUCAUCUUGUGACCCUCAGUAAAUUAUGAGCCUGUUCCCUCCUCAGAAGAGAGUGUCAGACCUGCCCCAUUGGGUGUGGGGAGCAAGUCAGCAAACCUCACUUACAUGUUACUGAGUGCUCAUGUCUCCAGCCCUUCCCUCAGGAAGGACACCCAGUAGCCUGAGCAGAGGUGAGCAAGAUGAGGUACUUCUUAUCCUGAAUUCUGCCUCGAGCCUCUCACAGGGGAAAUUCAUGAGCUUCAGAGCAUAGAUGGAUGCAGGUUCCCUCAGAUGGAGUAAGUCGAGGCCCCUGGGAGUGGACUCCUGGAUCCCUCUCUGAUGCUGCCUCCUGUCCCUUCAU